GCCAGGAAGUGUAAAAUCCUGGCCAGUUGGUGAAAUUUUUUGACAGCGGCUAAGAGGCGGCACGUCCCUCUCUCGGCGGCGUAGGGGCGCGGAGUGGCGCGCCCACCGCAGCCGCCCGCUCAGCAGCCCAGCGGGGGGCAGUGCGAGAGGCUCUGCCGGGCGCUGGCCCGCUUGGAGAGGGCUGCGCGGCCACGGGGGGUUCGGCGACGGCCGGGUGGGUCUGCCUGGCCCGCGGAGGCAGCGAAGUGGCAGCAUCAAAAGGGCGCCAUUGCCGGUGCAAAGGGGAUGUUUGCCGCGGAGCGGCUUGCGGAAGGGAGCAAGCUGAGCCGGCUCCGCUCGUACGGCUGUGCCUCUGACGCAAGCGCAGACAUAGAACCUGGGCUGAGUCCUUGGGUCACUGACAUCACUGAGACUGGCGCUUGGACCUUCAAGAGAAGAGACUUUCUGGUGGCCCUGCUCCACUCCACCUGAGCCUAUGAUUGGAGGAUUCACUGUAGAGCCAUCCUUUGCUCUCCAGUUCCAUAAGAUGGGUUCAUUCAGAAGGCCUCGACCUCGCUUCAUGAGCUCCCCAGUCCUCAGUGACCUGCCAAGGUUCCAGGCUGCCCGACAGGCUCUGCAACUCAGCUCCAGCUCUGCCUGGAACAGUGUUCAAACAGCAGUGCUAAAUGUGUUCAAAGGGAGAGGCUUGCAGAAAAAUGAACUUUACACCCUCAAUGAAAAUAUCAGAUGGCUGCUGAAGAGUGAACUUGGAUCCUUCAUCACAGAUUACUUUCAGAACCAGCUCCUUGCGAAAGGCUUGCUGUUUACAGAGGAGAAGGUUAAGCUGUGUGAAGAUGAGGAUCGCAUUGAUGUCCUGUCUAAAAUCUGGGAUCACUAUUUUACAGAAACUCUUCCUACACUUCAGGCAAUAUUCUACCCAGUCCAGGGUCAGGAGUUAACUAUACGUCAGAUUGCUCUUCUUGGCUUCAGAGACUUGGUCUUGCUAAAAGUCAAGUUGGAAGAAAUUCUUCCUCUGGUCCAGACAGAGCUCCCAGCUUCCAUUGUCCAGAUGCUGUUAAUUCUGCAGAGUGUCCAUGAGCCAACUGGCCCCAGUGAGGGCUAUCUACAGCUGGAAGAACUGGUCAAGCAAGUGGUAUCACCUUACUUGGGUUUGUGUGAGGAUCACAGUUUCUCUGGUAGCACCUGUUUGCUUGAGAGACAGUACUCCAGAUCCCAUCCUAAGACCAGUGUACUGAAUUAUUCAUCUCAUGUGGUGAUGACCCGGCAGGCCAGCGAGGUGGCCUUGACCCCACUGACAGAACAGGAGGGUGAGGCUUACCUGGAGAAAUGUGGUAGCAUCCGUCGCCACACUGUUGCCAAUGCUCACUCAGAUAUUCAGCUCCUGGCAAUGGCCUCCAUGAUGCACACAGGAAUGGUGGUUGAAGAAUCAGAGAGUACCGACAAAUGUCUCCUUCUGCAGCCCAGUUUUAGUCACAGGCAGUGUUCCAGUGAGCCCAGUAUUGCUGAUGAGCCAGAUAUAGUCAUACCAGCAGGAAGGCAGGACCCUGCAGACUUGAACUGCACACCAGCCAGCUAGAAGUCUUGCUGAUGGGAGGAGAACUGUAUGCACUAAGCUGGACAAUUUAUUGUGUCAUCCCUGCUGGGGAAAAAAAGAAAAAACAAAAAAAUAGAGUUUUGCUUAUGUCAUUGAAAUGGCUUUGAAGAAUCUUACAUCUCUUUGGGGAUACUCUCCUGAUCUGUUUUUCUUGCCUGUGUAGGAUCAUUGUUGAUGGAGGUACCAGGCUGCACCCAGAUGAACACUGAGGGCUGCAAAGUUUUUGUUGUUGAACUGCACGGUCUGUCUUCUGUAACCUUUCUUCCUCUACUAGGAAGUAGAGGAAGGAAAUCCUUUAUCCUCCGGUUUCCCUCUGUUUCUUUGGUAUGAUACAAAUUAGCCUCUCUCUGCUUUUUUCCAUCUUUCCAAGCUCUGUGCAGCUUGUUUGCUCUUUGUUCCUGCAGCAGAGAGCUCUGUGCUAAAUGUUGCUUUGCUUCUUACAUUAGUGUGGUGAUGGGUGAGGACUGCAUUUUUCUCUUUUAGUGUUGAACUCAGGAAUGAAACUAUUUGCAUCCUGCAGAAGGACCUGCUUAGGUGGCUUGUAAGAGGACUUUGCCUCCCAUGGCCAUGGAUUAAAAGUCCAAAUCCAAACAAAUCAGACUUUUUUUUUCUUCAGACCUGAAGAAAACUGAGUAUACAUGGAGUCCCUACUGAGUGCUUCACAUGUACUUUAUUUGAUUCCAGUCAUAUCUUUGGGGUGGUGGUGUAAAUUGGGUGCAAAGGAGAGGUGAGUGUGUAAAUUGGGAGCAAAAUAUAGUCCCGAGUAUUCUGGCAUUUGGCAAAAAUUUGCUUUCAAAAUUUAAGUGGUGGAAUGGCUACAAUGAAAGGAGAACUCUAAAUGGAUUCCUUUGGGAAGGAGACACUGGACAGAGUCUGCAUGUGUUCCGGAGACAUAAUGGUGCUUCUUAGCACUGGGCCAUCAUGAUUGCAGACCAGGAGGUGAUACACAGGAUUUUGUAUUUGGGCUGCUCUGGUACUUUUACCACUUGCAGAUUUCAUGAGACCAAAGAUAACCAGUGGGAUGUAGAAAGGAGUCCUAUCUCAUUAGUAUAUUCAUGAAGUGCCCCUGACCUCCAGUGACUCAGUGCAGUGUUGCUUUUAAAGUAAAGCAAGGACUCUUUACAGUCUUUGUUUUUGUUUUUGAAGGUUAGGAAUGGGUCCAGUUUGCAAGUGUUUGUCAUGCAUUGCAGUCUGCAGUGUUUGCUUUGUAGCAUCACUUGGUAGUCAAAUGCUGCUUUCAUGGGAACAGAACCAAUCUCUUUGAGCAGUGCCCUGGGAUAUGCUGCUGAUGUCUUGCUAAGCAGAUUUGUAAGUGUAAUUACAGGCUUGCAGGUGAACCGAAAUACUGCUUUAAAUGUCAAAUCCCUUAAAAAAUAUGGAUAUAACACCACUGCCACUUGAAACUAGUCCCUGCGGUACUGACUGUAAAUAAACCUGUCUUAACAAGGAAGCAGAAGGUUAGGAGGAGCAUUCAGGAUGUUGGGGUUUUUUUGCAUUCUAUGAUAUUAACUGCAGAAUUUGCCCUUCUUCUGUGGGCAUUAAGUAUUUUCUGCUCCACUGCCUGCACCAAAAGUACAUCUCCUAUUUGUCAGUAUUUGGUCUUAGCAGCGUGUGCAGCAAAAAGAAAGCAAAUUAUUAUUUGAUAACGAAACGUCAGAAAUACCAGCAAUGAGCAAAAGUCACACUGCCUUUGUAAAUGAGAGUGUUGCUUUGCUUCCUGUGGUUUGCAAGUGUUGGAAGAGAUACUUGAAAGGGCCUGUGGUGACAACCAAACCUAGUAGACCAUGGGAGUGUCACCUUGGCAUGGUUCCUCCAGCAUGGGGCAGAUGAUGGCAUCCUGCUCAAAAGAAAUUUUUUUGGCCCCUUGAAGUGAUUUAAAGCUUUCCUCUAGACACAAUGGGGGAUGUGAGGAAGUGAUCACACUGCAGCGUUUCAGUUUGCUCUUAUUAAUGCUCUUCUUCUUUCUGUUUCUCCUCUAACCCGUUUAUCUUCUGCAAAUACCCAAACCAUUUGGAUUAGUGAGCAGUACCCGCCAUUUUAUGGUAAAAAUGAGAAUGAUUUAUUUAUUUCCUGACAUAUUCUUGGAUCAUCUUUAGGGCUAACAGGAAUACAGUCCUGGUUUCAACUUGAAUUUAAUUUGUUUUACAUGUAUGUAUAAUAUGAAUUAUUUUGAUUUCUUGUCUGUUAACAAUUUGCAAAAAUUUGCACCAAGCCACUUUGAAUCAUGCAGUUGUUUUGAUUUUUAAGGAGAAUUAAAGCUGGUGGCUUUACUUUGUAAA